GUAGAUCUUGGCAUAUCAAGCUUAGCCUGAGAGAGCUGCUUGGGCUCCUUUUGUGGCCAGGAAUCAUGGCUCACAUCGAGGCAAGUGACUUUUUGGUGGUAGCGAAGCCUGUGGCAAAUGCCCGAGUCCGCUUGGUUUGCUUUCCUCACAGUGGUGGCGGUCCUUCAGCAUUUUCAGCAUGGCCUGAAGUUUUCGAGGAUGCACUUGUGGAAGUGGUAACCAUCUCUGCGCCAGGUCGGGAGAGACGUGUGGAGAUUCCUAGCCUCACGGACAUGGACACCCUUGUCGGCAGAAUCUGUGAAGCACUUGAGGUCUCUGGCUUGGUGGAUGGGGUUCCAUACGCUUUCUUUGGACACUCAUUGGGUGCGCUGGUGGCCUAUGAAACUGCAAGGAAACUUGAUGCAGAUAUGGUGCCUGGCCGGCCCAGGCCGUUGCACAUCUUUGCGAGUGGCCAUGGGGGGCCAGCAUCGAUGCGCUUGGAGCGCAACAUUCAGCAUUGGGGGAGCUUGCACAAACUUUCGGAUGAGGCGCUGCUAGAGGCGACCAGAUCGUUUGGUGUGCUGCCAAGGGAUCUGAGCUCUGAGCUUUUGAGGGCCUUGAUGCCAGCACUUCGCAGUGAUUUUCAACUCUACGAGACCUAUAUGCCAGCGGAGAAUCGAUCCCUGUUGGAUGUCCCGAUCGCAGCACUUGGUGGUGAUGAGGAUCCGGCAGUUCCGCUGACACACUUGUCAACCUGGCAGCCAGAGACAGCCAAAACAAUGGCGCCUCCAAAGGCUUUCUCCGGAGGCCAUUUUUACCUGGUGGAGAAGCUACCGGAGGUUGCCAACUUUCUGAAGACAUCUUUGGAGGAUUCCUUGGCCUCCCUGCCACGUUCGCUGGUUUCCAGUCAAGUGAGCGUUCCGAGCAUUUGCUAUGAGAAGCUUAUCACAGAGGUCAUAGAAGCUUGGGCGGAGGAGCAACCAUCCAAGGAGGCUUUAGUAGACCCGCGUGAACGAGUGACUUUUGGUGAGCUGGCCUAUCGCGUGCGAUUAUUGGGUGAAGAGCUUGCAGGUCCGCGCUUUCUUGAUGGUCAGAAGGAGGUAGUGGCCCUUCUAAUGCCGCACAAUUGCAACUACGUGAUUGCCAUGCUGGGCAUUUGGUUUGCCUCAGGAAAGAUCAUCAUUAUUGAGGCUCACUUCCCGGAGGGGAUGGUCAAAGAGAUUUGCCAGGAAGCCAAGACCGCCGCAGCAGUUGCAAGUCCUUCUCAUGCUCCAAAAUUUGCAAAUGUGGCUGGUUGCAGGACAUUUGAGAUGAAUAGUGACUGGGUGAACCGUUUGCAAGGAACCAGAGGCUUCCCGGGCACCACCCUCAGACCUGCGCUGGAGGAUAUUUGCAUCCUUAUGAUGACCUCGGGCACGACUGGCCGGCCAAAGACUAUUGCUGGCAGUCACUUCUUCAUGCAUGUUGGAGCUUUGGCCAAGGCUGGGGCGUUCCCUUACCAGAGCAAUGACUGCAGAGAGGCCUACAAUGUCAUGUUUGUGUGGGAGGUCUUGAGGUCUCCACUGCUUGGCCACACGGCGUUCAUCUUGCCAGAUGAGGCAACCUUGGAUCCUCAUAUUUUCGUGAAGUUCCUGGAGAAGCACCAAUGCAGCCGUACCUUGACGACACCUUCACUUUUGGCCACCAUCAUGGAUUCUUGCCACAAGGAGUUGUCCAAACUUCAUCACAUGUGCGCUUGGUUGAUGUGUGGUGAGGUCCUGCCAAUGCAAGUAGUUCGCAGCUUCAGGUCAAUACUUCCAAGGUGCAGGCUCAUCAAUGAUUAUUCCACCUGGGAAAGCGGAGACAUUGGUUAUGCCCAGGUGGCUCCCGCAGGGCGCUACGAGCCCAGUCAGGUAUUCGCCGCGGCCUGCCAAGAGAUUGCAGUGGGCAUCACUGCUUGCAUUGUUGAUCCAGACACAAAGAAGCUGGUUCCACAAGGGCUUGUUGGUGAGCUCUAUGUUGGAGGGCCUGUUCUGUCCUACGGCUACUACGGGCACAGCGACAUCACUGCUGCCAAAUUCUCCGAUGGCGUGAAUUCAGAAAUGGUGGCUCUGUCGCAAGGAAAGUGGAAAUGGUACAAGACAGGAGAUGCUGCCCGAUUUGUCAGCCAGCCGCCUGUCUUGGAAAUCCGUGGGCGAAUCGACAGCACCGUGAAGAUCCGUGGAUUCAAGGUUGGUCUUCCAGUGGUGGAGGGCGCCAUCGCGCAGAUCUCGGGCGUGGCUUUAUGUGCAGUUGUGCCGGUCUAUGAGACACCAACAUCCGUCGACAGCCUCCUCUGCUUCGUGAAGCCCCAGGAUGAAGUGCUUUAUGAGGAUUUGAUACAGCGCAUCAAGAAGGAGGCGGUGAAAGAAAUUCCACGUUGGAUGAUGCCCAGCUACUUUCGGCCUUUACCAAGCGAUUGCUUUAUGGGCGGCGAAUCUCGGAAGCUCAACCGAAGGAGGUUGGCAGAGAUGGCUGACUUAAAGACACUCAAGGAAGCACAACAAGCUGCCCAGCCGAUACUCCCCCGACAGCCCAGUUUGUUGGAGGAGACUGGCGUGCGCGGUGUGGUGAAGUCCGUGUGGGCGAAGGUGCUGAGCCUGUCCCUAGACAUGGUCGAUCCAGAGGAGAACUUCUUCGAUUUGGGUGGACAUUCUGCAUUGGCUGCUAAGAUGGCAGCGGAACUCUCGGGUGAGUACACCUUGCCCGUGACUGUGUUGGACAUUUACAGCCACUCCACCUUACAGGCGCUCUGCGACUUUGUGGAGUCCAAAGUGGAGUUGGAAGCAGGUAGUGCAAUCCUCUCUCCACGCUCCAUAAGAUAUCAUGAUCCACCUCGAGAGGCUCCCAAGCUGUCCAUCGCAGGCUUUUCUGGGAAAUUCCCAGGUGCUGACUCUGUGGAUCACUUUUGGGAGAACAUCCUCAGGUCAGCAGUAUCCGUGACCUUUUUGUCCAAGGAGUUCUUACGAGGCAAAGGUGUUCCUGAAACAACCCUGGGACACAAAGACUUCGUGCCUGCCGCCUAUAUGAUCAACGAUGCUGACCAGUUUGACAAUGUCUUUUUUGGAAUUGGUCGGCAUGAGGCUUCGAUGAUGGAUCCACAGCAUCGUGUUUUCAUUCAAGAAGCAUGGUCUGCCAUGGAGAACGCUGCUUUGCCGCCAAAGACACCCUUGCUCGAUGAAGUUGUCGGUGUCUUCGCCGCGGCUGGCAUUGAUGGCUACUUGGUGCACCAUUUGGACGGCCAAUCGCUCAAGGACACUCUGAAUCCGCAAGACAUUUUCCUCACGGAGAUUGGCAACGAGAAGGACUACAUUGCGACACGCGUCUCAUACCUUUUGGAUUUCACUGGACCUUCAAUGAACGUGAACUCGGCUUGCUCUUCGGCUUUGGUUGCGGUGGUGCAGGGAGCUUCAGCCAUUGUUGCUGGUCAAUGUGACGCUGCAGUUGCCGGAGCUUCAUCUAUCACCUUUCCAAAUUUGGGGUACCUUUAUGCCGAUGGUUUGGUGAGCUCGAUGGACGGCUACGUACGGCCCUUUGAUGCAGGCGCUGAUGGCACAGUUUUCGGAGACUCUGUGGCCGCACUUGUGCUGAAGAAACAGGAGGAUGUAGGCGACAACAACCUGGCAUAUGCGGCUCUCAAGGGGUAUGCCAUUAGUAACGAUGGUGCGCAAAAGGCUGGCUACGCUGCCCCGUCUUCAAACGGCCAAUCGAGAGCUGUGCAGACUGCAAUGCGAAUGCUUAACGAGGAUCCUUGGACUAUUUCCUACGUUGAGUGUCAUUGCACUGGCACGCGAAUUGGCGAUGGCAUUGAGAUUCACGGUCUUCUUAAUGCCUUUGAGAGCAUGGGUGGCAGAAAACGGGCGGGAGACACCACAAAUAUUGCGUUAGGCUCUGUGAAGGGCAACAUCGCGCAUGCAAACUGUGCUGCCGGAGCCACUGGACUCAUCAAGGUGCUUGCUAUGGCACGAGCCAAAAGCUUGGCACCAACGGCCAACUUCAAAGAGCUGAACCCGAAGAUCAACUUAGAAGCCACAGCUUUCUUUGUUAACUCAGAGGUAUGUGCAUGGAGACCCAAGCCAUUGAUGAGAGCUGGUGUCAGCUCUUUUGGCAUCGGCGGCACCAAUGCUCACACCAUAGUGGAAGAGGUGCUGGCACCAGUCGUCGAGAUUCACACUACGGCAAAGAAGCCUUUGGGAUUUCAUCUCUUGACCUUUUCGGCGAAGACACCUGGAUCUCUCUACAAAACAGCGGACAAGGUCAUCAAUGCAUUGAAAAAGGAAGCGGGGCCAUCCAUGGACAAGGUUGCCUACACACUGCAGGCAGGCCGAGCCUCUUUGCCCCUCCGAAAGAGCGUUGUGGUUGCCGGACACCGUGCAGAAACGCAAAAAGCUGCAGAGGGUUUGCGAGCAAGCUGGCCGGACUUGGAGGAAUUGGAGGAACUCGAAGAUGCCAAGAAACGGCCACCAGUGGCCUUUGUGUUUCCUGGACAAGGAAGCCAGUAUUUGGGCAUGGCCCGUGGCCUGUAUGAGCAGGUAGCUCUCUUCCAGAGGAUUGCUGAUCAAUGCUGUGAAAUGCUUGCCUCGCCAAAACUGCUGGGCAAAGACCUGCGGCCGCUGCUGUUUGGAGAUAUCUACACAGAGGAUGAAGCGCAACAGGAAUUUGAGAAACCAUCAGUAAUGCAACCAUCUCUCUUCGUGGUGGAAUAUGCGCUGGCACAGAUCUUGCUUGCAGUCGACGUGAAGCCCACGGCGUGUGCGGGACAUUCACUCGGAGAGUACGCCGCGGCCGUUGUUGGAGGAUUCCUGACCCUUGAGGGGGCCUUGCAAAUCGUAGCUACUCGCGCUAAGUCCACAGAAACCUUGGCAGAUGAAGGGGCAAUGCUGUCGGUAGCAGAUUGGACUUCUGAACAGCUGGAAGAGGUCGCAAACCAGCAGCGGCCGGGACUUUGGCUUGCAGCAGUGAACUCUCCGCAACAUUCGGUCAUCUCGGGAGAGGUCGGUGCCAUUGAGGCUCUUGAGAAGGAGUUGAAAGCAGCAGGGAAGAAAUGCUCUCGAUUGCACGUUAAGCGUGCCUUCCACUCUGGACUCAUUGCGAAGGCUGCGCACACGUUGCACAAGCUAGGGGUGACCGAGGAAUUGCAAGGGAUCGAGUUCACUCCAGUGGCUUCUAACCUCACGGGACAGUGGCUUCUCCCUGCUCAGAUGAAGGAUGGACAAUACUGGACGAAGCACAUGAGGGGUACAGUGCUUUGGAGGGAGAACGCGGAAAGGCUGAUCUCUCAGUGGAGGCCAAGCAUCAUCCUUGAGGUUGGUCCUGGCAAUGUUCUGAGCACCCUGACUUCAAAAUGUGUGCAAGCACAGGGCCACAAGCCGGAUUUCCUCCAGUGCAUGCGGCAUCCAAAGGCGCUAAAGACCCAUGAUGUCGAGGCUUUCUUUGGUGCUUUGGGCAAGCUAUGGGAGGCUGGUGUCAAUGUCAACUGGGACACGCUCACCACAAAAGUGCUGGGAGCAACGCAUCUUCCUCCUCUCACCCGACUCCCUGCCUAUUCCUUCGAACCGACGAGCUUGUGGGUGAAUCCAGAGCGUUCUGUGUACGUUGAUGCCACGGAGGACCCAGCUCCUGCUGCCUAUAUCGCUCAGGCUGCAUCUGCAUCGUCUGGAAGGUCCGGAAGUCGCGUUUUGGUGCGCUAUGGAGAGGAGCUAGACACCGAGCCAGCUCUGCGGGCCUACUGCUUACCGUUUGCCAGUGGCUCCUCGUUGGUCUUCGCUCCAUGGGCUUCGGACGAGGCAGUGGAGAUUGUGGCUGUCGAAUUGCCCGGUCGAGGAGCUCGUGCUGAAGAGGUCAUGCCUGCAGAUGAUUCUGGAGACAGCGCAAUGUUGGAGGCCUUGAUCAAUGAGAUCUUGGCCGAUUUGCGUGGCUGCCCCUAUGUCCUUGUUGGAUUCUCCAUGGGUGGCGGCUUCGCAAUGGAGUUGGCGUUGCGAAUUGCUGACAGAGGAUCUGCUCCGCUGCCUUUGGCUGUCUAUGUUGCUGGACGAAAACCUCCGGCCAAAAAGCCUGAUGAUGUGCCUGUAAUUGCAAUGACCAAUGCAGAGCUGGCAGCUUAUGCAUUUGCUCCACCGGAGGCUGCAGCAUCCCCUGAGUUCUUGGAUCAUGUUGUGCCUUUGUUGAGGUCUGAUCUGGAGGCCGAUGCCCGUGCGGAGCGGCGGCUAAGCGCACGAGCGGGACAGCCCUCAUUGCCUGGCAAUGUGGGUGUGGAACUGUUCUGCGGUACCAGUGACACCGUAGCGCCGUGGACAGAGGCUCCUGGCUGGCAGCGUUUAGUGGAGGCCACAAUCGGCCUACAUUAUCUUCCUGGAGGUCAUGAGUUUAUGCAGGACCAGAGACCGAAUAUCCUGACAGCCUGGCGUCGGGAUGCCAUCGGUCGACUUGUGCAGCGCCGUACCAUGGAGGCAGCAGUACUCGCGGCACGCGGUUUGGGUACAACAUCUGCAGGCUUCAUCGGUCUGGCUCCUCCAAAAGAAGGUCCUCCUACCCGCAAGAAGGAGCUGCCUCUCUAUGCCGUGCGGUGGCAACAGGCAACAGCUCAGUUGAAGCCCGAACCCAAGGCAGAUGCCAAAGCACAGCCAAAGAUGCUGAAGGCGGCUACAGGGGUACCCUUCUUGGUGAAGCUCACCUCCGAGCCACUCAAGGAAGGCGAGGUGGCAGAGGUGGUUCAAGCAGCACAACGAAGUUUGCAGUUAGUGAUUGCUUGCUUGCCCACGCAGGGUAUCUUUGAGCAAUAUGAGGAGGAGCUCCAGCUUGCAUGGCACUUUGUUCACUUGGUUCAGCGUUUAUUGGAAGCUGGAGUCUCUGCCAAGCUUCUAGUAGUCACUGCUGCGGCUUCAACCGGAGCAAUGGUGGCUGGUGCCAGCAAGGCGGUGGCCAUGGAAGCUUCCGAGCUGAAGAUCCAGCGUAUCUUCGUUCCGCGAAGUUGUCUUCAAGCAAUCUCGGAGCACGUGGAGAGGCUAUGCUCAGCCUCAGAGUUGUACAGCCACGAGACCGAUAUUUGGCUCAGACAUGAGAUGAGUCGCACUGCUUAUGUGCCACGCCUUGAGCGAUGCCUGAGCAGUGGCCGAAAGCGGUGUAUUCAGUUACAUGGUGUGGAUGGGGAGCUUGCGAGCUACGUGCUCACGGGUGCCACUGGCGGCCUGGGGAAGGCUGUGGUGUCUUGGUUGGUGAACGACCAGGGCUUGCAGCCAAGCCAGCUGGUGCUGCUCAGACGCGCGGGCUCAAGCAAGCUGGAUGAUGAUUUAGCCAAGUGUACUGUGGUCGAGGCUGCAGCUGUCGAUAGCAAAGACAGCCUCAAGUUGGCCUUGGAGAAAGUUCGACAUGUCACCGGUGUGUUCCAUUUAGCUGGGGUGCUUGAUGAUGGCAUCAUCGGAGGCAUGACGGAGCAAAGAAUGAAAAAGGUGGCGCAGCCCAAGUGCGGCAUGCUCCUGGCAUUGCUGAAGGUAGCCAAGGAAUUGGAUUGGCCGCUACAAUGGGCCCUUGGAUUCUCGUCUACGUCUUCUCUCUUUGGCUAUGCUGGGCAGGUGAAUUAUUGUGCAGCCAACUCGAUGCUGGAUCACAUGUCAACCUUUGCCAGCGACGGGGCGCUGCCAGAGGGGGACUCCACGUCAUGCCGCAUCAUCUCUGUGAAUUGGGGUCCAUGGGGUGAAGCGGGCAUGGCGCAGGAAGGCACCAAGGCCUACGAGCAAGCCGUGAAAGAGGGUGACACGCCGCUUUCGACGCGGACUGCGCUGGCUUGCCUAUUUGUUGCUGUAUGCCAAGCGAUGGAGGUUCAGGGCGUUUCGCAGCUUUGCGCAUGUGAUGUGCAAUGGGAGAAAUCGCAGUGGAAGGAUUUGCCUAUUCUCGACCACGUCCAUGACAGGACACGUGAGGAAGAGUCACGAGCCCCGGAGGAGGAUGGUUCCAAAGAGAGCUCCAUCCAGGGCUUCCUGUCACAACAAGCCAAAGCAGGUGGAGGCACCUGGGGCCGAGUUAAGGGGAAGUCGCUACAUCAACUCGGCCUGGACUCAUUAGAGCUGGUUCAGCUCAGGAAUCUCUUCAAUAAAAAGUAUAAUGUCAACGUCCCCCUCAGUGUCAUCGCGGAUCCUAGCCAAAAGCUGGGAGAAUUGGCCGCAGCUCUUCUGAAGUUUGUGAGCCAAUGAAGCAUUUGAGCACAGGUGUGCUCAGUCACUUGGUCAUACCAACUGAGCCCAGCUUUUCCGGUGGACCCCAGAAACUUGAUCGAUUCUGCGA